AAUCGUUAUGACGACGCUGUAGAAUAAGCUACAAACCGUCGUGGCCAGCAGUCGAAAAUCAACAGUUGUGUCGUACACGUCGAGUGUUUUCUCUCUUUAUUAUGGCGAACGCUUACAUUUAUAUCCCACGUUUAAAAUGUCACAAAUAUAUUUCUGUUAACGAAAUUGAAAACUUCGAUGCGUCGCAGUUUGAUAAAGAUGUAACGCCGAAUUUAAUGUUUUCUUGGCGCCUGGAAGGAACAUCGAAUAUGGAAAAUAUACAAAUUUUGUCAAUUAUUUCCUCUGAAGAUGAGUUGCAAGAGAUCAAUUGGCAAAAACGAGUGGCUGAAACAAUUAGCAGAACUCUCUUCGAGAAACACGAGAGCAAUAAUGCCGCUGGCCAGGUAAACGAUACUAAUUCACCGGAGAAAGAUCCAUUGGCAGUUGCAGGGCACGAAUAUUCAGGCACAAUCCCGGAGCGCGCAGACAACCGCUGCAUGCAAGAAAGACCAGAACAAGGAAGAGUGUUUAAUGACAGUGUCGUCAACGUACCUACUGCUGCUGCUACUAAUACGACAACAACCCCAUCCACUUCUUCCAAUAACAACGUUAAUGAGCAUGAUCAACGGCUGUACAAUGAUAUAGAACAAGAAGUGUGUAAAAUGAAACAGAAAAUAGCUACACUUCAAGAGGAAGUUGAAGCAAUAAAAAGUAUAAUUAAUGGAGACAAUAAUACAACAUCCAGAUAUCCUUCUUCGUUUGUUCUGCAAAAUUGUACAAUACAUGGUAACCUAACAGCAGGAUUAGUAGAUACUAUUGUUCCCACCACUGCCAAAGCCAACACCGUUACCAUCGACACUGCCGCUGCCAAAACCGCCACCAUCACCAAUGACAAUACCAAUGUAGAUAUUACUGCCAACGCCAACACCACCAACAUCGCCACCAUCGACACUAUUCGUCCAGUUGAAUGUGCAGAUGAAACAGAAAGAAGAGUUGAAGAAGGUGAGGAGGAAGAAAGUGAAGAUUUUAUGCUUGAAUGUUCUGAAAAUGAAUCUGUGCAUUCCCAUCCGUCACCGUUGUCAAAUACUACGGAAAAUGAACAUUCAGACAACGAUUUUAUUAUUAAAGAUAAGCAAAAGCUUUUACGUGCACUUCGCAAGGCAAAAGAUCAGAAAAAAGGGAGCCUAUUUGUUACGACGUUAUGUAACGCGUUAUGGGCUCGUCGGGAAUUAGCGAAACGAUGUGUAAGACAAUCGCCAAUAUGUAAACGACCUGUAUUGACUCCCGUUAAGGUGAAAUUUAUUAGAAGUAAAUUUCUCUCUUGGAUAGAACAGAAGGAUAAAAAUAUUAACAAAGAAAAGGGUGCAUUUAGCGUCUAUCUAUCGAGAGCUAUUUCUACAGCUCGCAAAAUUUAUUUUCCAAAACGCUAAAGAUUAUUAUAAUAUUCGAUAUCACGCGUUACAGUACAGCGAGAAAAGUACGAUGUGAUUCAUUUAAUUUUUGUAUUAAUAU